UCAAAAUGUCAAAGUCAAAAUUUACUUCACGCACGUCGAAAACAUUUAAGGGAUGAGGAGUUCGCACAAAAAAGCAUAAAACAACAAAAUCGGUAACAUACAACUUGAGAAAUGUCGACAAGUGAGAAAGAAUUCUUUGGUCCAUUGACUUUGCACCAAAAGGCGGAAAAACCAACCAUAUUUAAAAGCGACGAUCCCGUAGAAUGUGCGUGUGUGUUGUGCGAUGAAAAAUUUGUUUUACCAGCCUCCGAGAAGCAGUUACUAACACAUUUGUUCAUGAAACACCGUUUAGUGAUUGCUGAUGUGAAUCAAAUAGCUGAUUUGAGUGCAUACUUGCGGUAUUGGAGGCUUAGAUUUAAAGAUGAGAACCUUCCUUUCUUCUGUACCACAAUGUUGUUGGACAAGAAGCCGGAUGGAACGAAAUCAAAAGAUGAAAAAUACUAUCUAUUAAGUGAUGUACUACCAGAAGACAAAGAAUUACGGACAAAUCUACAUCAAACCAAGUUGGAGAAAUUGCUUGAAAGACAUCAAUUUGAAAGGGAAGACAAGAGUUACGUUCGAGAAUGCUUAUUCUGCAGAAGCGUUUCUACAACAACAAGGGCCAGUUAUUUAAACCAUUUGUUUGAGAAACACAAUUUUCAUAUUGCAAAACCGGAAAACUUGAUUUUUAUUGAUGAAUUAAUCAAUACUCUGGCUUCAAAGUUGGACACACUUCAUUGCAUUUUCUGUGAAGGGCAUUUCAAAGACCGUCUAAUACUAAAAGAGCAUAUGCGCAAGAAAGGCCAUAAACGAAUAAAUCCUGACAACAAGGAAUACGAUAAAUAUUUUCUAGUCAAUUACGUUGGAGAUAAACAUAAACCGAAUAAUGUUAAGUCAUAUAAUAAAUAUAAAGUUCCCGUACAGAAAUCUGAUUAUGAACACGAUUCAAAUGAAGACAGCGAUCCGGAGUGGUCAAAAUGGACAGAAGAAAAUGGUCCGUUAAUAACCUGUCUCCUAUGUGAUCAUUCAGAAAUGGAAUAUGAAAAUAUGUUGGACCACAUGGAAAGGCAGCAUGAAUUUUCUUUCGUAAAAGCAACAAUAGGCUUAAACUUCUAUCAUAAAGUCAAAAUCGUUAAUUACAUACGCCGUCAAAUACAUUUAAAGCAAUGUUUGUCUUGUGAAACAAAGUUUGAUGAUUCGAAAAAUUUGGAGAAACAUAUAAAAGAGAAGAAACACUGGGUUUUGAGUAAAGAAAAAUGGGACCAGCCGGAAUAUUAUUUUCCAACAUAUGAAGAUGAUUUAUUUUUGUGUUUUAUUCAUGAUGAUGAUGAAAGUUGGUGGUCCGGUGAUGAGCAUGAAGUUGAAAGGAGGAAUAGUAUGUCAGAUAGCAUAUCAAAGGAAAUGGCCAUGGCCGUUCUCGAUGACUAAAUAUAAAAAUCAUGGUGAUGAACUCUGUAAACUUGCACAGAUAAAGAACCAUAAGUUCUAAAGGAAAGUUGUGAUCUAUGUUCAACAAUGACCUUAGAAUGUAAUAUUUCUACCAUUUAACUGAUUUGUUAAUUUAAGAACACUCUGUGUAGUUGGCUUAACAUAAGGAUGAGAUUGUAUCAUGAAAUGUUUUUGAACUUUGGCUUUUAAGAUUGGGGCCAUAUAAUUAUUUUUGGCUGGCAAGGUUGUUACAAGAAGGCAAGAUCAAUAUAAUUAUAGCAAAAACUGUA